UCCAGUAGCAUUUGGUUGCUGAUCGGGCUUACUGCUUUAAUAAUAAGUCACGUUGGGAGGAAUCGCAUGGUCUUUGUUUACUGCAUCUCUAGGCCGUGGUGAUGUUUGCAUUUGAUACACUAUGUCUUGCGAACCCAAAAGACUGGAGUCGUUUGAAGAUUAUGUAAAAAGAAAGGCGCAGAUUAAAAGAGAGUAAUAAUGGGACCAGGCAUUCAAGAAUACCCCUUAUUACUGCACAGAGAGACACAAAGAAAGGAAAGCCAAAUCAAUGAAAACCACAAAGGAAUGGUAAAUAAUGGAAAAAGCCAUCUGAGCACCAAAGGACUAAAUAAACCAAUUGCUCAUGUGAAAGCUUCUCCUGGAAGACUAGACAAGAAUGUAUCAAGUGCCACUGAAAAGAUUUCCCAUGACACCCAAGAUGGUAACCAGCCAAGUGUUCUUAAGAAGGGAAGAAACCAGGUGGAUGGCAGUACUCAAUCAAAAAGAAUCACGAGUGUUGGCACAUCACUGCACAGAGCCCAAGGACCAAAGAAGAGUCUCCCAGAAAGAAAGCAAAAUGACUCUUGUCUGCGCAGGAUCCCUCCUAGUGUAAAGGGCAGCACACAAGGUAGCCUCUGUAAGGUUAAAGAUGUUCCAGUGCAACAUUUUUAUGGCAGCAGGAAAGAGCAGUUGGAAAGGAAUCAUGAAGACUAUGUUGGUGAAGCUGUUCCAUGCUCUUCUAAAUGGCAAGAGGCAUCUGUAAAUCAAAUGUUUCUUGAUUUUGAAUCAGUACAAAUUAUUAAAGAAGAUGCUGAAGAUGACAGCGCCAGCGAUCUGUCUGAUUCAGAGAGGAUUCCCAUUCCCCCAUCUCCCUGCACACCACCAGAGCUCAUUCUCAGAGCUGAAGAAAUUGAUCCAGUUUGUUUGGAACAUGUUUCUGGGACGGGUUUUAAAGGAUCAGCGUACUACUACCCAGACUUCCUCCCACCCCCUUUCAACUCAUGGGACUUGAAGCAACUGGCCAUCUUCGUGAACGUGGAGGGAAAAAUGGAAUUCCGGCCAAAGCCAACAGGAUUUCUUGAGAAAUUCAUCAAUCGCCUUCUGCAUCUGGAAUGGCUGCAGAUGCAGACUAUAGAGAAUGAGAAAGGAAGGGCAGCCAAAGCCAGGCCACAGACUGCUCCCAGCUCCAUCCGUACCCUAAAGAGCCCUGGCAAAGGCAAAGCAUUACUCAGCCCUUUGCCUAACAAGCAAACAAUUCCUGAAGAAAGUGCUACAAAGCUGUCUAAAAGUUAUUCAGGUCACAGGGGAGAUCCCUAUGGUGAAGGAAGUCGACAGUUAUAUUCUCAUCCAGGUCACUUGAAACUUUCUGAGAGAGUUGGAUGUGCAGUGUCUUCUCAAAGACAAUCUGCUGAAGUAAGGAGUGAACUGAAAAAAAAGCCUAUUGCAAAGCAACAGCUUCUCAGUCUGCAGCCCUCUGAGAAGAGUUCUAAAAUUCAAAGUGUUGGUAAUAUCAGACCCCCUAAGCAAAGCCCAGUGUUUUCUGGUUCAGCUGCUCCCAUCAAAGGUUUAAAAACAUACACGGGUACAAUUCCAAAGAAAAAUGGCAGUGCCAACAAUUAUGUUCCCUCUAAAAAGCCAGCAGUGGACAGGAAGAUAAAUGGCACAAAGCAAACAUCAUGCAAAUUUAAAUGAACAAAAAUUCAUUAGCAAGCGUUGGUACUUCUUGACUGCUGGAAAGCAUUUGGCCAUGUUUUGUGCACAGGAAGAUCCUGAGAAAAUAGGUUCUUGAUGCAUGGUUCUAAGACAGCACUGUUCAUUUCAAUACAUUUGAUCUUAAGCCAGCAAGGCCAGCAGGAAAUCUUUUCCCUGAAGGCAAAUGUCUUCCAUUGGUCUCUCCUCAAAAAUAUUUACAAUUGCUCAAUGAAGAUAACAAUAGCAGAGUAUUAAAGUAUAGAGAAAUGUAGAAUUACAACAUCUCUUAUUUGCACCAGCUGAAAUCCAUUGAAGUCUGUAGUAGUUUUUAUGCUUACCUUGGUAUGGUUGAGAGGAUAGGAUCCAUGCUCUUGUUACUGGAUUGAUGUGCUGUUCUGUGAGAUGUGAAUGUAAUGGUCUUGGUUGUGUUUUCUGAUGGAAAAGGGCUUGACUGUUUUUAUAACAUAAUGAAGUGUGCUUAUCUAUGCAAAGUUAAACUCCAGUUCUUCACAGAAAAUGAUGAAUGGCAUUUUUUUGAUUGAAUAAGAAAUUAUAUUUUUGUUAAGAAGAAGAAUGGAGUUAACGUUUUGAAAAGGAUUCUUUUUAGGACAAAAAAAAUCAUUAGGGAGCAGACAGCUUCAGUAGUGACAGGUUAAGAAAAUGGAAUGUGUAUUUUUCUACCCAGAAAUUUUCACUGUGUUUACAGACAGCAUUCCUUGAAGUCCAUUUUGUAAUCCUUGAUGCUCUUUGUCAGUUAGAGGAAAUGACCAGAUUUCAAUUUGCACUUGAAUAUAUGACUAAUGCAAAUGAAGGGUAUUAACUGGAGGCUC